CUUCCGGGUCGUGAUCUAUUUCAGAAGUUGAAGUAAUGUACACAUGACUGCAGAAAGUGGAUCAACAUCGGAAGCUUAACAAGUGAUCUGUCGGGGAUACUAUAAAACUUAAACUUGGAAAUACAUUUUAACCUACUGCAGGCCUGAGAAUGGAUGACAAAGGAAUUGAAGAGUCGGAAGUCCAAACACAACCUGCUGAUGGAGUUAGCGCACAUGUAAUUCACCGAGAAAGAUUGGAGAGAGUCAGGCGACAGGGAAGAGAAAGGAAAAGACAGGAAGAGGAAAGAAAGAAGGAGGAAAGGAGGAAUAAUCAGGAAAAACCUGUAUCCUCGGACAGUGAGAAUGAGGAUGAUGCCUAUUUGAUAGAACAGCUUACUAAAAUGGGGAUUACUGUGAAGAAACCAGAGCCCCCGGAAGGUACUGGACUUGUGUAUGAUGACAGAAUGGCUACAUUCGAAUGUUUAUGGGACCCAGCUUUCCCAGAGAAGCCAGAACGUAUAACAGAAUCAUUUGCCCGAUGCUCUGAGCUGGGACUUAUAGAAAGAUGUACAAGAAUUGAGGCCCAGUAUGGAACAGAGGACCAAGUGUUAAUACAGCACACAGAGGCCCACCUAGAAAAACUGAAGGAGACUGUAGACAUGUCUAAAGAGGCUCUCAAGAAAGUUUCAGCUAAAUAUGACUCCAUUUACAUCCAUCAGGCGACAUACGAGGCCUCGCUAUUGGCCCUGGGUAGUACUAUGGAGCUCAUGGAACAAAUUCUUAAGAAAAAGGUCAGGAAUGGGCUGGCAAUCAUUCGACCUCCGGGCCAUCAUGCCAUGAAUGAAGAAUUCUGUGGCUACUGUUUCUUCAACCAAGUGGCCAUUGCUGCCAAGCAUGCAGUGGACACUUUAGGACUCAAAAGGGUGCUCAUUGUAGACUGGGAUGUCCAUCACGGUCAAGCAACACAGCAAAUGUUUUAUGAUGACCCAAGAGUUCUUUACUUUUCCAUUCAUCGUUACGAAUAUGGGAAAUAUUGGCCUAACCUUCGCGAAUCUGACUACGACUUUAUUGGAGAUGGCAAGGGCAAAGGGUACAAUGUCAAUGUACCUCUUAACAAGGUCCACAUGACGGACACAGACUACCUGGCCAUAUUCCAUCAAAUUCUAAUGCCUAUUGCUCAUCAGUUCAGCCCUGACCUAGUUUUGGUGUCCAGCGGUUACGAUGCAGCCAUUGGAUGUCCAGAGGGUGAGAUGCUUGUGAGUCCAGUGACAUACGCCCACAUGACCCAUAUGCUGAUGUCAUUGGCUGAGGGGCGUGUUUGUAUAUGUUUGGAGGGCGGGUACUGUAUCAAGUCUCUGUCUGAGGCUGUGGCUCUAACACUGAGAAGUCUGCUGGGUGACCCCUGUCCUGCCUUACCUGCCAUGGGGGACCCAAGCCACAGUAUAACAACGACUAUUUUGAAUGUGAUCAAAGUUCUGCAGCCGUACUGGAACUGCUUCAGCUACCAGACAGAGCUAGCCUUGGAGGAAUCAUGUCCGUAUGAAGAAGUCAAUGAUAUGCCGCCAAAGCCAGGUAUGCCAUUUGUCACAGAGGAGAACAAACCAAAAGAGUACACGAUAAUGUACGAGUACGAGGAUGGGGUCGAGGAGGAGUACAUCAUACAGCACAAGUUUGACGCGGUCAUCGAUCAGCUGAUUGCUGACACCUCACUAGCCGUCCCACCAAACAAGACGUGUAUAGUGUAUGAUGAAGGCAUGCGGGUCCACCAUGCUAUCACGUUCAGAGGACAUCCUGAGGACCCAGAUCGUGUCACCUGUAUAUUUGACAAACAUGCGGAGUGGGGACUUCUGGAUCGAUGUUUACGAGUUCAGUCUCGGCUUGCUACGGACGGAGAGACACAGGCCAUACACAGUUCAUCCUACUUAGAGCAGAUGCAAGCAUCAGCAGAGUUACCUCCCAUGGAACUGAGAAAUUUGCAGCAUAGCUUCAAUUCAAUCUACAUGUGUCCGGAGAGCAAUGUGUGUGCCAGAAUGGCGGCGGGGUGUGUCCUAAGUGUUACAGAAGCUGUACUGUCAGGCCAGGCCAAAAGUGGGGUCGCUGUCGUCAGGCCUCCUGGUCACCAUGCAGAAUGUACCAAAGCAAUGGGGUUCUGCUUCUUCAACAGCGUGGCCAUUGCUGCCAAGUAUGCUCAAAACAAAUUUGGAUUAAAACGGGUAUUGAUUCUCGACUGGGAUGUUCACCAUGGUAACGGAACACAACACAGCUUUUAUGAUGAUCCAAGCAUCCUCUUCAUUAGCUUGCACCGUUUUGACCAUGGAAGUUUCUAUCCGACCUCCACAGAUGGAAAUCACAACAUGACAGGAUCUGGGGCCGGAAAGGGAUUUAAUGUCAACAUUCCUUUCAAUGAGGGUCCCAAAGGUGAUGCAGAGUACAAAGCUGCCUUUCAACAAAUUGUGAUGCCUAUUGCUUAUGAGUUUGCCCCGGAGCUCGUUUUGGUGUCGGCUGGGUUUGAUGCUGCUCUAGGUGACCCGUUGGGGGGAUACCACAUCACACCUGCUGGGUAUGGUCACAUGACCCACAUGCUUUCCUCACUGGCCAAUGGGAGAGUGGUACUUGCCUUGGAGGGUGGCUACAAUUUGUCGUCGAUAUCUAACAGUAUGGCGACCUGUACCUCUGUCCUGCUCGGUGACCCGUGUCCAUAUCUACCUUACGUUCAACCUCAGGAAAGUGCUGUAAAGGGUAUCAACAAUACUUUGGACUCUCACAAACAGUUCUGGAAGUGUCUCAAAUUUAGAGAAUCAAUCCCAGAUCUCAGGUGCAAAGAAGGAGAGGGGGAACCCGAAGGAAUAGAAGAACAAAAGGAAGAAGAGAAAUUCAAAAAGAACAUUGAGGAGCUUUCAAAAAAGAUGACUUCAGUAUCAGUGUAUGACAGAGCCGCUCAAUCCCCUGAAGAGGCCAAGUCAGCAAACAAGUCAGAACCUGAAGUUACAACACAGGCAACAUCCACAAACGACAAAGAUUCUGGUUCCGUGGGAGAUGCCACACCCACAACAUCAGAAACCAAACCUUCUGUGACAGAGACCACGCCCACGCCUUCUAAAUCAUCUGAUACAAUGGAAGAUCAAGGAGCUGUAGGUGGCGCUGCAUCUAUGGCUGUGGGUGGAUCAUCUGUAGGAGGGGCUGGAACUCCCCUCAAUGAAAUGAUGGGUGCUGUGGGCGGGGCUGAUAAUCUGUUACAAGCUCUCACUGUGGCACAAGCAUUAGAAGACAUGGGUGUUGAAAGGAUGUAUGCAGUACAACCCCUCACCUGGUGCCCCCAUCUACAGACGGUACAGCCCCUGCCCCAGGGGAUCCUGGACACGAGAGCCCCAUGUCAGGACUGUGGCAAUGAGGGAGAGAACUGGAUAUGCCUCGUCUGUUACAAGGUUUUCUGUAGCAGAUAUGUCAACGAACACAUGGUCAUACAUGGCGCUACAGAACAGCACUUGGUGACCUUGAGUUUCUCUGACCUUUCGGUUUGGUGUUACGGAUGUGAUAACUACAUCGACAAUCAGGUUGUAAAUGCAGCUAAGAGAGCCGCGCACAGACACAAGUUUGGAACCGAGAUGUCUGGAUCGUAACACCAGACACUGUAUGCU